CCCAACCCUUACCAGUUACCAACCCUAACUCACUCAACUCUCUAACGGUGCAGCAGCACACCUUCCCUCGUCCCUCCUAUCACCCUCGAGCUGGCCGUUCCUCUCAACGCCGGCGAGCUCAGUCCCUCCCUUUCGUUCAGCCUCCGGAGUGCUCCUGACGCCGUCGCCGGUUAGAGCUUCGAAGCUCACUCGGUCCCUCACUCAGCUAACGUCUCAGACUCUCAGCAGUGGAAGCAUAGUCACCGGGCUCGCCUCCUGCCUCCGUCGCGAAGCUCUGUUCCACCGUCACCGGCGCCAUCUCUGUUCCUGCCUCCGUCGCCAUCUCUCCCUUUCCAGCGCCGUCAUCCUUCCUUGUAUUUGAAACUCCAUUUUGCAUGGUCCAUACUCUUCUCCGCCGCGAUUCUCCUCUACGCUGCUACUCCGUGCUCUCCUCUCCGCUGCGCCAUCCCCCACUUCGUCCGCUGCUCCGUGCUCUACAUCGUCGCUCGUCGUCCGGACGAAAGAAGCCUUCGUCUGCCGUCGACAGCAUCGCCGCUGCAGCCGUCGGUUGUCCCUCCUCCUCCUCCACUUCAGAGAACUUGAAGUUGUUUGUUGGAAGUUAUAACCCCACUUAUCACUUUAUCACUCCUUUUCUUCCCUCCCCGUGCCAUCACUUCACAAAGCAAUCUCCACACUCCAUUACUCCAGUCACCCACAAAUCCUAUCACCCAUUCCCCCCACAGUCCCUCACUUCUUAUUCUUCUUCAACCAUCACCACGAGAAAGCCAGUUAUGCUGUUGCACAUGACAACGCUGUGAGUCCGUCACGCCAUCCCUAUUGCCAUAGCUAUGUCCUCUGUUCACGCGCUCCUGUCUACUUCACUUUCCCAGUCACCGUUGUCGUCGAUGUUUUUUAAUUCCAGUCCCUCAAUGGAGAUGUUUCAGUUGUGUACUUAUAAACGACCAACUUAUGAUCAUCGAGUUUUGAGGACUUCACUUAGUUAUGCCCAAAGAAGAUUGACAGGAAUACCCAGGAAGCACAGAAAUGAUUUGUGGGUAUCUUUUUGUCCCAACGAGGAGUUAUGUAGGCCUCGUUAUAGUUGCAAUUUGCGCUAUCAGAAUAAGCAUGCCAGAGACACAUUUGCAAGAUGCGAACUUGCAGCAGCGGGAGAUAGUCACUCAUUGUCAGCGGAUCUGAAAAUGGAAUCAAAAGUUAGGGGAGCUUGUUUUUAUGCUGUCACCGCCCUUUCCGCCGUAUUUCUUUUUGUGCUGAUGCUGGUUGGACAUCCAUUUGUACUACUAUUUGAUCGUCAACGAAGAAAAUUUCAUCAUUAUGUUGCUAAAGUCUGGGCUUCACUCACAGUUGCUCCAUUUUAUAGAAUAAAAUUUGAGGGGUUGGAGAAUCUGCCACCUCCUGAUACUCCUGCUGUGUAUGUUUCCAAUCAUCAGAGUUUCCUUGACAUAUAUACUCUUCUCACUCUAGGAAGAAGCUUUAAAUUCAUAAGCAAGACUGGGAUAUUUCUCUUUCCGAUAAUUGGGUGGGCAAUGUUUCUUCUAGGCACCAUUCCUUUGAAGCGCAUGGAUAGCCGAAGCCAGAUGGAUUGUCUUAAACGAUGCAUGGAUCUUAUCAGGAAGGGAGCCUCGGUCUUUGUCUUUCCAGAGGGAACACGCAGUAAAGAUGGAAAACUAGGUGCUUUCAAGAAAGGUGCCUUCAGUAUUGCUGCCAAGACAAAUGCUCCAGUGGUACCAAUAACCCUUAUUGGAACUGGUCAAAUCAUGCCAGCUGGAAGAGAGGGUAUAGUAAACAUAGGUUGGGUCAAAGUUGUUAUUCAUAAACCUUUACGUGGGAAAGAUGCUGAAAUGUUGUGCAAAGAAGCUAGGACGACAAUCGCAGGUGUAUUGUAAUCACUCAAACCUGAGAGAUGCUAUGCACGAGUUCUUUUUCAUUUCUUCCCUGUUACCUAACUCAGCAACUUCGAGGGGAAAAUCCCAUAACCACAUUUGCAUUUGUAGGGUCAAGAAUUAGAAACUUUAAAAGAAAUUAAAGAGGGAUUGUCAUCCCUAAUGAGAGAAUUCUGAUCCCAA